UAAUGGAGUUGCUAUAUUAAAAUAACUUAUAGUGAAUAAUUGAAUAACUUUUCCAAUCAAGGGUGCAAUACACUGAAUUGAAAGACUCAAAGAAGGACUAGAGAGUUAUGAACAUGGAUUACAAAUCGCUAUCUUCUAUCUCCGUUUCAGAUAUUGAAUCCCUUGGAAUUUCAACACACCACGCUGCAACUCUCCACCACCGUCUCACAGAACUAAUCGGAAUUCAUGGAGCUGACGCGCCUGCCACGUGGCAGAGCAUCACCACCAACAUCCUCAACCCACAACUACCUUUCUCGUUUCAUCAGAUGCUCUACUAUGGCUGCUUCAAGGAUUAUGGUCCGGACCCGCCCGCUUGGUUACCCGACCCGAAAACUGUUAGUUUGACGAAUGUUGGCCGGUUACUUGAGAGGAGGGGUAAAGAGUUUCUGGGUUCAGCGUAUAAGGAUCCGAUUACAAGUUUUACUGAUUUCCACAAAUUUUCACUCUCAAACCCUGAGGUUUAUUGGAAAACUGUGCUCGAUGAAAUCAACAUAUCGUUUUCUAAACCACCCGAAUGCAUUUUAAGUGAGAAUCUCAGCGAGGACGGUUCUUCUUCUUACCCCAGUGGUCGAUGGCUUCCCGGAGCAUCGGUUAAUCCUGCACUCAAUUGCUUGAAUUUGAAAGGCAAAAGAAGUUUGAAUGACACGGUAAUAAUAUGGCGCGAUGAAUUGCAAGAUGAUCUUCCUCUUCAAAGGAUGACACUUGAGGAAUUGCGUCAAGAGGUUUGGUUAGUUGCCUAUGCUCUUGAAUCACUGGGUCUGGAGAAAGGAUCUGCAAUUGCGAUUGAUAUGCCAAUGAAUUGUAAAUCUGUUGUCAUCUAUCUGGCUAUCGUUCUUGCAGGUUAUGUUGUUGUAUCGAUAGCUGAUAGUUUUGCAGCACGUGAAAUAUCAACCAGGCUUAAAAUAUCAAAUGCAAAAGUCAUAUUUACUCAGGAUCUCAUACUUCGUGGCGAUAAAGCCCUCCCACUUUACAGUAGAAUUGUGGAAGCACAAUCUCCUACGGCAAUAGUUAUCCCAACAAGUGGCUCUGGAUUUAGCAUGAAACUGCGGAAUGGGGACUUUUCUUGGUGUGAUUUUUUGGAGAGAGUCAGUAAAAUCAAAGGCAAGGAAUUCAUAGCUGCGGAACAACCAGUAGAAACAUUUACAAACAUUCUCUUUUCUUCUGGAACAACAGGUGAUCCGAAGGCAAUUCCGUGGACCAAUAUUACACCACUAAAAGCUGCUGCAGAUGCAUGGUGCCACUUGGAUAUUCGUGAAGGUGAUGUAGUUUCCUGGCCCACUAAUCUUGGAUGGAUGAUGGGACCAUGGCUAGUAUAUGCAUCUUUGCUAAAUGGAGCUUCAAUGGCUUUGUAUAAUGGAUCCCCACUUGGGUCUGGUUUUGCCAAGUUUGUACAGGAUGCUAAAGUAACAAUGCUCGGUGUGAUUCCAAGUCUUGUACGGAGCUGGAGAAACGCAAAUUCCACAUCCGGCUAUGAUUGGUCUGCUAUUCGUUGCUUUGCAUCCACUGGAGAAGCAUCUAACAUAGAUGAAUACCUGUGGCUGAUGGGAAGAGGUAGUUACCAGCCUAUCAUUGAAUAUUGUGGUGGUACAGAGAUUGGGGGUGCAUUCAUCACUGGAUCAUUGCUGCAGGCUCAGUCAUUAGCUGCUUUUAGCACACCAGCUAUGGGCUGCAAUUUGUUUAUUCUUGGUGAAGAUGGGCAUCCUAUUCCACAUAAUGCUCCAGGAAUAGGUGAGUUAGCUCUUGGCUCCCUUAUGCUUGGGGCAUCAAAUGCAUUGCUGAAUGCUGAUCAUUAUGGUGUCUACUUCAAGGGAAUGGCUCUUUGGGAUGGAAGGGUAGGUAUACCAUUCUCCUUUAUAAUAUUUCGGAUUUUUGAAUAUUUACAGUUGCCUUUCUCUAGUCAGGUUUUACGGAGGCAUGGAGAUGUAUUUGAGCGUACUGCUAGAGGAUACUAUCAUGCGCAUGGUCGUGCAGAUGAUACGAUGAACCUUGGAGGAAUUAAGGUGAGUUCGGUUGAGAUUGAACGCAUAUGCAAUGGAGUAGAUAGUAAUAUUGUGGAAACAGCUGCAAUAGGGAUACCGCCUUCUGGUGGUGGGCCGGAGCAGUUGGCUAUAGCUGCUGUGUUAAAGAACUCAAACGCCACAGCACAAGAUUUACAGAAAUUGAAGAUGUCUUUUAAUUCAGCUCUCCAAAAAACACUAAAUCCAUUAUUCAGGGUCUCUCGAGUAGUACCAGUGGCAUCUCUUCCAAGGACGGCAUCCAACAAGGUUAUGAGAAGGGUUUUGCGGCAGCAACUUGCGGAACAUAGCCAAAGUUCUAAAAUAUGAUGUUAUUAGUACCGGGUGAUUAGCUUCGCUAGCUGUCUCCUAUAGUUUGCUGCUAGUUUCUACUAGUUGUUAGUUAGUCUGUUGCAAUUAUAUUGCACAAUAAUGGGUAUAACUACCUUCCCUUUAUCCCAUUAUGUAUGUUUUAUAAUAAUAAAACCUCCAUUAGAGUUUUACCGAUUCAGCAUACACGUUGAAGAAUCGAGUGGAGAAGUGAAUGUCCAUUAGGGAUGAUGAUGUAUUGUAUAUAGUGGAGAAGUGAAUGAAGAAAGCAUAAAAUUAGAAAAUCUUUAUAUGGUGUCAGUCUGCGAACCCUUGAUUGCUGCUUCUGCUCGCGCUUCCGUGGCUGUUUCGUGGUCUUGUCUUCACGAUUUGCCGGCGAAUCUCGAUUCUAGUCCGUGAUUCUGAUUCUGGGUUGUUUGGUUUCUUUGAGGUUGUAAUUUGGUCUGAUUGCAAUUCUUAUUGAGCGUCUUUUCUCUA